CUCCGAACUCAGAGCUCCCCAUUCCCCCGUUUUCUUGACUGGGGAAAAACCUGCUCCAUGUCGGCGUUUCUGUUCUGACCAGCAUUGCCAUGGGCCACACAAUCGAUCCCAACCGAUUUUCCAAUCUGUUUUGGGCUAUAAAAGCUCGGACCGUCACUCUUUUUGGGCUUAGAACAAAGGCGACUGCGCACGCGAGUGGUUUAUUUAAGUUUGCUCAAUCCUUCAUAAAUUUGUUCAUUCCUUCCCAAGGAUAAAGGGAAAUUUCCUCAUAAAAUCGUAUUUUGCACAUAGCUAUGAGGCUAAGUUUUGUGAUUACUCUUAUCCUGGCAGGUUCCCGACUGUCCAACGCUUUCUGGUGGCCAAAGACAACAACGGAAACCAGGGAACCGAGUGGCGGCCAAAUUCUCCAGCAAAUUCCGCUCACCUAUUUCCGCACAUACACUUAUCAGCCAUUGGCUCCUGCGUUCUAUGGAUUUGGAGCUGCUCAGACGCCUUUGCUGCCUGGUGCUCAGUACGAUCCAUAUGGGAUGACCAGUUACGCUGCUGCCAGACGACAUGACUCUGUUUCCAGGCAAGAAGUGACUGCUCCGGCGGAGUUGAACAACGCGCCGAGUAGCUCUCGGACCACCAGCACCACACCCGCGCCAACGACCACAACUACGACCACCACCACAACCACCACUCCGGCACCAACAACAAAAGCUAGUACUACUACCACCAGCACAACCCCACCACCAGUACCACCUCCGCCCCAGUCCACCAGUAGUAGUUUCUCCGAAGGAUCCACGUCCAGCUUGCUGCGCUUCGGUGAAUAUCCCGCGUACAAUCGCCGGGUAAGCAACCUCUACAACGCCAGGCCCCAAUAUCCAUAUCCGGACUACUUCAACUAUCAGCCGCAGCAGCAGACUGUAGUAUCGGAGCAAGGGGUCUCCAGUAACAGUCGCAUCCAAUUUGUUCCCUGCAUGUGCCCCGUCAGUAUGCCCAGUUUCGUGGCAUCCUCGACAGCGUCCACAUUGCCUCCGCAGCUGUCCACUUCCUCCACAUCGUUCGUGUCCCAGCCGGCGGCACGUCACAUCGAGGGACAGGAAUUGGAAGCGGAAGCUGAUGGCGAGACAGAUAAUGAGGGAGAGGAAGAGGACGAGGAUGAUGAACAGGGGCAGGAACAGGAGCAGGGCCAGAGCCAGAGUCACGGUCUGGAAGACGGUGCCACCAAGGCGCAGACAGAAGGACAGGAUAUAACUUCAGACAGUCCUAUCUAGUUCAAUUGGAUGGUGCAGCAACAGCCUUCCAUGUACAAAGGCCAAUCCACGACUGACUUGUCACUAAAGGGGUGCCCUAGAGAUCUUAAAACAAAUAUUAAAAACAAAUGAAAAAACGAUUAAAAAUAAUAUUAGUAAGAAUGCCAAUUCAGGGAUACUACAGCACAUAAAAGUAAGCGUCUGCUGAAAAUAUUU